CUUCUCCAUGAAGAUCUGUCUCUUUAACCAGCUAGGGUUUCUCUCUCCUCGUUUCUCUCUCUUAAGUGGGUUAAUAGAUCCAUAUCUCUACACCCAAACUUUCUCUCUCUCUCUCUCUCUCAAUUAUGGAAGCAGGAAGCGAUGGUGGUGGUGCGGCGGCGGCGGCGGCGGAGGUGGCGGCGGAAUGUUCAAACUCGGAAAGCGAUUUGGGAAAUGAAGGGAGCUCAAACAACAGCACAAUAGAAGAGAAUGAUCAACAAAAGAAGCCGAGUGUGAGGCCGUAUGUUCGAUCCAAACUCCCUAGACUCCGGUGGACAUCCGAUCUCCACUCCCGUUUUGUUCAUGCCGUUGAAAGACUCGGCGGUCAAGAAAAUGCUACGCCUAAGUUGGUUCUUCAGCUAAUGAAUAUCAAAGGAUUGAACAUAGCUCAUGUCAAGAGCCAUCUUCAGAUGUAUAGAAGCAAGAACACCAAUGAAUCAAGCCAAGUGAUGGAUCAAAGGGUUCUUAUGAAUGAAAGUUGUGGAGAUCAUAACAUAUUUACUGUCAGCCAAAUCCCCAUGUUUCAACGUUUCAAUCAAAGCUAUGCCUCCAAUGUUUUUCGAUUCGGCGGGUCAACAUGGAAUGCUUACGAUACGAAAACAAUACAAACCCCAUAUACCGAGAAGGCGAGAUCGAGGCUCUUCGGCAGCAGCAAGAGCGCUACACCGGGAACAAACAUCUGCAAGAAUCGCAGCUCGAUCGGUGAACAGAACACGACAACGAGCAAAAGGGAAGAAAUGAGGGAAAAGGAAGAUCCAUGCAGAGACAUAAAAAUUACAGAGAAAAGGAAAACCCCAGAUGGAGAAAUUGACUUGAGUUUAUCCCUAAAGAUUGCACCAACAGAAGGGAUGAAGAUUGAUAAGAGACGAAGAACACGAGAAGAACACGAACAAGAACACGAAGAACGUAGAACUGAUUUAACCCUAUCUUUAUGCCCAUACUAUUCAACUUCUCCAUAACUAGAGAGAGAAGAGGAAAGAGAGAGAAAGUAAGUACUCUGGAUCUGACUAUAUGAAUUGAAGAGAACAAAUUCUAAGUGA